AUGGCUGCGACGCACGCACAGCGCAGCACCCGAGAGAUCUUCGCCACGCUGGAGUACGGACCCGUGCCUGAGAGCCACGCAUGCGCAUUGGCCUGGCUGGACACCCAAGACCGGCACUUGGGUCACUAUGUAAAUGGAAAGUGGCUGAAGCCGGAACACAGGAAUUCAGUACCUUGCCGGGAUCCUAUCACAGGAGAGAACUUGGCCAGUUGCCCCCAGGCACAGGCUGAGGAUGUGGCGGCAGCCGUGGAGGCAGCAAGGACUGCGUGGGAGAACUGGGGCGGACUCCCUGGAGCCUCUCGGGCCCAGUACCUGACCAGGCUGGCCAAGAUGAUCCAGAAGCACCAGCGGCUACUUUGGACCCUGGAGUCCCUGGUGACCGGGCGAGCCGUUCGAGAGGUUCGAGACAGGGAUAUCCCACUGGCCCAGCAGCUACUCCAAUGCCAUGCAGUCCAGGCAUACACCCAGGAGGAGACGCUGGCAGGCUGGGAGCCCAUGGGAGUGAUUGGUCUCAUCUUGUCACCCACGUUCUCCUUCCUUGAGAUGAUGUGGAGGAUUUGCCCUGCCUUGGCUGUGGGGUGCACUGUGGUGGUGCUGGUGCCCCCAGGCUCUCCAACACCCCUCCUCCUGGCCCAGCUGGCAGGGGAACUAGGCUCCUUCCCAGGAAUCCUCAACGUGAUCAACGGCCCUGCCUCCCUGGGCCCCAUCCUGGCCUCCCAGCCUGGAGUCCAGAAGGUGACCUUCUGUGGAGCCGUUGAGGAAGGACGUGUCCUUCGGCGGACCCUGGCGGGUCAGGGUGCUGAGCUGGGCCUGGCACUGGGGGCCGAGUCGCUGCUGGUGCUGACGGAGGCAGCGGACGUGGACUCGGCCGUGGAGGGCGUCGUGGAUGCAGCCUGGUCCGACCGCAGCGCGGGGGGACUCCGGCUCCUCAUCCAGGAGUCCGUAUGGGACGAGACGAUGAGGCGGCUUCAGGAGCGCAUGGCACGGCUUCGGGGCGGUCGAGGGUUGGACGGCGCUGUGGACAUGGGGGCUCGAGGGGCUGCCGCACACGACCUGGCCCAGCGCUACGUGCGCGAGGCCCAGAGUCAGGGCGCACAGGUGAGCAAGGCGUACAGACCCCUGGCGCCAGGGGAAGAGGGACCUGGAAACCCAACUCCUGGUCUUGAGGUCUCCAUUCCACUCUCUGUGGGUCUCUGGGUCUCUCUCCACCCUGCCCCUCCGACCAUUUACCCCCUGCAACCUUCUGUUCUUGCUGAUGUCCUCCUCUCCCCGGACAGGCUCCGGGUGGGCACAGUCUGGAUCAACGCCCACGGCCUUAGACACCCCGAAGUGCCCACAGGUGGCUGCAAGGAGAGUGGGUCUUCCUGGCACGGGGGCCCAGACGGUCUGUAUGAGUAUCUGCGGCCCUCCGGGACCCCUGCCCGGCUGCCUUCCCUUUCUGAGAAUCUGAACUAUGACACCUUUGGCCUUGCUGUCCCCCUGACCCUACCAUCUGGGCCUGAAAUAGGACCCAGCCCAGCAGCCCCCUAUGGGCUCUUCAUCGGGGGCCGUUUCCAAGCUCCUGGGGCCCAGAGCUCCAGACGCAUCCAGGAUUCGAAAGGCAAUCUCCAUGCCUACGUGGCUGAGGGCGGAGCCAAGGAUAUCCGAGGUGCCGUGGAGGCCGCUCACCAGGCUGCCCCUGGCUGGGUGAGCCAGCCACCAGGAGCCCGGGCGUCCCUGCUGUGGGCCCUGGCAUCUGCACUGGAGCGCCGGGAGCCUGCCCUCGCCUCGGCGCUGGAGAGGCACGGAGUGGAGCUCAAGACCGCCAAGGUGGAGGUGGAGCUUAGCGCGAGGCGACUGCGGGCGUGGGGGGCCCGCGCCCAGGCCCAAGGCCACCUCUUGCAGGUGGCAGAGCUGAGAGGCCCUGUGCUCCGGCUGCGGGAGCCGCUGGGCGUGCUGGCUAUCGUGUGCCCUGAUGAGUGGCCCCUGCUUGCCUUUGUGUCCCUGCUGGCCGCCGCCCUGGCCCAUGGCAACACCGUGGUCUUGGUGCCCAGCGGGGUCUGCCCCAUCCCCGCGUUGGAGGUCUGCCAGGAUAUGGCCACCUUGUUGCCAGCGGGCCUGGUGAAUGUGGUGACUGGAGACCGGGACCACCUGACCCGCUGCCUGGCCUUGCACCAGGACGUCCAGGCCCUGUGGUAUUUCGGAUCUGCCCAGGGCUCCCAGUUUGUGGAGUGGGCCUCAGCAGGAAACCUGAAGCCGGUGUGGGUGAACAGGGGCCGCCCUCGGGCCUGGGAUCAGGAAGCCCAGGGAGCAGGCCCAGAGCUGGGGCUGCGGGCAGCACGGACCAAGGCCCUGUGGCUGCCCAUGGGCGACUGA